AUGUCAGGAGAUAAUGACCAAGAACUUCUUGAUGCCUGGAUGAAAUGUAACGAGCUUGCUCAGCACACUACUUGGAACCCGGCCCAACGCGCUGCCCUCAUUGGCUUGGCCAAAGAAAUCAAAGUCAAUUUCAAGAAUUCAGAUGAUGAAGCUGGACAACCAUUGCAAACUCGGGCACCCAACCAGCAAACACAACCAAACUCUUUGGCUCCCACAGGUCAAGAACCAAGCCGCCUGGCUGAAGGAUCCAGUCACCCAGCCCAACAGCCAAGUUGCCCAGCCCAAGGACCAACUCACCUGGCCAAAGAACCCAGUUGCCCAGCCAAAAAAACCAGUCACCUGGCCAAAAAAACCAGUCACCUGGCCAAAGAACCCAGUCGCCCGGCCCAAUGA